AUGAAGAACGCCGUUAUUCUUUUCCUCGCGGGUGCUGCCCUUGCGGCCCCCGUCAACAAAACUCUCGAAACCCGUGAACCCUGCCUCCUGCCCCUCGCUAUGGCAGCCGGUGCCCUCCACCACGGAGGCGGCGCUAGCCUCGGUGGCUCCGGCUCUGGCAGCGGUUCUCUCGGCCUCGGUGGCUCUGCUGGUGCCUCUGGCAGUGGUUCCGCCGAGGGCUCCGGCAGCGGUUCUGCUGAAGGUUCCGCUGAAGGCUCUGGCAGCGGCAGCGGUGGCAUUGGUUCUUCCAUCUCCAGCUGGCUGAAGGGCCACGGCUCCGGCACCGGAUCUGCAGGUGCUUCUGGAACUGGCUCCGCAGGUGCCGGUCUCGGUCUCGGUGGUGGCCUUGGCCUUGGUGGCUCUGGCUCCGCCGGCCUCGGUGGAUCUGGCAGUGCUUCCGGUGGUGCCUCUGGAACUGGCUCUGCCGGCGCUGGUGCUACCGGCGGUGCUGAUGUGAGUGGCUCUGGUUCCGCUGGCCUCGGUGGCUCUGGUUCCGCUGGUCUUGGCGGCUCUGGCUCCGCCGGUCUUGGUGGCUCUGGCAGUGCCUCCGGUGGUGCCUCUGGAACUGGCUCUGCCGGCGCUGGUGCUACCGGCGGUGCUGAUGUGAGUGGCUCUGGUUCCGCUGGCCUCGGUGGCUCUGGUUCCGCUGGUCUUGGCGGCUCUGGCUCCGCCGGUCUUGGUGGCUCUGGCAGUGCCUCCGGUGGUGCCUCUGGAACUGGUGCCGCUGGUGCUGGUGCUACUGGCGGUGCUGGUCUGAGUGGAUCUGGCUCUGCUGGCCUUGGUGGCUCUGGAAGCGCCGGUCUUGGUGGUUCUGGCUCCGCUGGCAUUGGCGGCUCUGGAAGUGCCGGUCUUGGAGGAUCUGGCUCCGCUGGUCUCGGUGCUUCAGGAACUGGUGCCGCUGGCGCUGGCGCCACCGGUGGUGCUGGCCUCGGUGCUUCUGGCAGCCUUUCUGGUGGUGCUUCUGGAACUGGCUCCGCUGGUGCCGGCGCUUCUGGUGCUUCUGCUCUCGGUGGAUCUGGCGGCGCCUCUGGUGGUGCUUCCGGUGGUGCUUCCGGUGAUGUUUCUGGCAGCGGCUCUGGUGAUGUGUCUGGUGGUGCUUCCGGUGGUGCUUCCGGCGGUGCUUCCGGCGAUGUCUCUGGUGGUGCCUCCGGUGGCGCCUCUGGCGGUGCUUCCGGUGAUGUCUCUGGUGGAGCUUCUGGCGAUGCCUCAGGUGAUGCUUCCGGCUCUUCUGGUUCCGACUCUGGCUCUGACACCGACGUGAGUCCUACUGGCGCCUCAUCUCCCUCGACCAGCUCAUCCCCUGAUUCUUCCGACUCGGGCUCUUCUGGGGCUGAUGUUUCUGGCUCUGGCUCCGCUGGUGCUAGCGGUUCCGGAUCUGGUGAGGCUGGCGCAGGUCUCUCUGGCACCAAAACCGGCUCUGGCUCUGCCCCCUUCGAGACUAGCUGGAGCACCAGUGUGAGCUGGGGUACCCCCGGUCCUACCGGUACCUCCGGCGGCUCAGGUAUCUCUUUCGGUGGCUCUCUCAGUGGUCAGGCUUCCGCUGAGGCCCAGGCCUCUGCCCACGCUUCUGCCUCUGCUUCCGCCAAUGCCUCUGCCAACGCUGAUGCCUCUGCCAACGCUAACGCAUCUGCUGAUGCUUCUGCCAACGCCUCUGCUUAA